AAACCACGUGCCAUGCCUGAGGGAAUUAUAUCACAAGGAGGAAGAAGUAUUCAUAACUGGUGUUAGCGCUGCUAGCCAGGUAUGCCACAGAUGCAUAAUCUUAUUUAGCAACCUUUGAUGACUGGGCCCUUAAUUACAUAUUAAACUUUAUUUGUGCAGGCAUAAAACUUUGACAGUAAUGCUUGAGGAGUAGUGUAAGAACACAGAAAAAGCAAAGCAAGUGGUUUCCUGAGAUCAGGAUCCUGCGCUUCUCAGAGCAUCUUUAAUUUUGCUGAAGGGAAGUUGCUGAAGAAACGUCGAAGUGGAAAUGACCCCCUCGGACAAAGACCCCAAUGGACUGGACAACCCAACUUUUGUAACCGAUGAAGGAGAACAUUAUUGUAACUUCAAUGAAGGUGAUGCCACAGUUCCGGAAAAAAGGCAUAAAGGCCACAGCAAAGAUAGCAACAGACUUGCUUACAUUGUUACAGAUAUUCCACCAUGGUAUCUCUGCAUCUUCUUGGGAAUUCAGCACUACUUGACUGCCCUUGGAGGCCUUGUGUCCAUCCCUCUGAUCCUCUCCAGAGCCCUUUGCCUGGAGCAUGAUGCCAUCACCCAGAGUCACCUCAUCAGCACCUUCUUUUUUGUCUCAGGGAUCUGCACCCUCCUUCAAGUUCUUUUUGGAGUCAGGCUGCCUAUCUUACAAGGAGGAACGUUUGCCUUCGUAACCCCUACACUGGCCAUGCUCAGUCUCCCCCAAUGGCAGUGCCCUGCUUGGACCCAAAAUGCCACCUUGGUCAAUGCUACUUCUCCAAUAUUUAUUGAGGUCUGGCAGACACGAAUGCGAGAGGUGCAGGGAGCUAUAAUGAUUGCCUCUUGUUUCCAAAUUUUCGUCGGCUUCUCUGGUCUCCUUGGAUUUUUGAUGCGUUUCAUUGGCCCACUGACCAUUGCUCCAACUAUAUCCUUGGUGGCCCUGCCUCUCUUUGACUCGGCAGGCAGAGAGGCAGGCCAGCACUGGGGCAUAGCAGCCAUAGCUAUGUUUCUCAUAGUUCUGUUCUCUCAGUAUUUGAAAAAUGUGCCUGUUCCAGUGCCUUCUUACAACAAAAGAAAGAAAUUCCAUUUCUCUAAGAUCUACCUCUUCCAGAUCUUCCCAGUACUCUUCGGCCUUAUACUUACCUGGAUUCUGUGUCUAAUCCUGACCGUCUCCAAUGCCUUUCCUACGGACUCUACCGCAUAUGGCUAUUCUGCUCGGACUGACAGCAAAGGCGAUGUCCUAUCCAGGGCACCCUGGUUUCGGUUUCCUUACCCAGGUCAAUGGGGAGUUCCCACUAUUAGCUUGGCUGGGGUAUUUGGGAUCAUAGCUGGCGUGAUCUCCUCUAUGGUGGAAUCGGUGGGAGAUUACUAUGCCUGCGCUCGUUUGUCUGGGGCUCCACCUCCUCCCAAGCAUGCCAUCAACCGUGGAAUUGGGGUGGAAGGGAUUGGCUGCCUUCUGGCUGGGGCCUGGGGCACAGGAAAUGGCACCACCUCUUACAGUGAAAAUGUGGGUGCGUUGGGGAUCACUCGGGUAGGGAGCAGAAUGGUCAUUGUGGCCGGUGCUUGUGUUAUGCUUUUGACUGGUCUAUUUGGGAAGAUUGGGGCUAUGUUUGCCAGCAUCCCAACACCUAUAAUUGGAGGAAUGUUCUUUGUGACAUUCGGUAUCAUCACUGCUGUGGGGGUUUCCAAUCUACAGUACGUAGAUAUGAACUCUUCAAGAAACUUGUUCAUCUUCGGAUUUUCAGUAUUCACGGGUUUAACACUUCCUUACUGGGUACAGAAUAAUUCACACAUGCUGGAAACAGGGAUUGUCCAGCUGGACCAAGUGCUCCGGGUGCUGCUAACUACGGGCAUGUUUGUGGGGGGAUUCCUAGGCUUCCUCCUUGACAACACUAUUCCAGGGAGCAAGGAAGAACGAGGAAUUGCAGCAUGGAGAGAAGGUUGUGGAGAGCAAUCUGAUGAGACUGUGAAUAUGUCAAGCGUUUAUGACUUACCCUUUGGAUUUGGUUCCAAGUUCUGUGCUGCUAACUGGUUUCAGUAUCUCCCAACGUGCCCCAAACGACCAGCAAGUCAUAGUGCAAGGGAACUCAACAGCUAUGCAGAGGAGACAAGCAAGAAGAUCAAUUCAGAAAGGGACACAGAGAUUCACAUUGACACAAAGAUAUAAAACUACAGCAGUAAAUAAACUUGGACAUCCUCUCUUUUGCUAGCUUCCUCAUCAAGACUAUGGCUGAAGCAAGAGAUAAGUCUGGCUGUUCAUCGAGGCCAUGGAAUGAUUUAUCACCCACAGCUAAAAUGUCAUCCUUAUUUUAGUUUCUUUUCAGAAAUAAUACAGUAUGAGUUUGAGGAAUAGUCUUGCUGGGAGUGGGGAACCUUUGCAUUAGGAAGCUGUUGCCCAGAAUAUAUGAUUGUCACUCUUGAAUUCAUGAGGAAUUUGACACGAAGGGAGCGAGACAACUGGGCCACGCUUCAUGAAUCCCAGCUUUGUCUGAACCCAAACGGAGCCUGUGCGGUUCUCAAGAAUAUAUGUCUCCAUAUUGUGCUGUUCUUCCACCUUUAAAUCUUUGGGUUUCUUGAGUCUCUGGAGGUUGCAUGCUCCUUAGUUUGUUUUAUUUAUCUGCUACAAGCUUCAGAAUUGGUCUGGGACUCUGAAUAAAUCUGUUAUUUAAAAUUGGUUACUCCAAGCUGUUUUCAGGCUUGUGUGAACGUCAAAAUAUGAAUUGCUACACAUACCAAAUGAUAUCUGUCUAUCUGUCUGUCUAUCUAUCCAUCCCUGAUGUAAAUGAAUAAAUUGCUUAAUGGUGUGUGUUAUACUUAACACACACCAAAUAGAUUGAUUACAAAAUCUUUCUGACAUGCCCAGGGAUUUUUUUUUUAAAAAGUCUUCCUGUUCAGAUUUGCUUUUAUAGGUCUAUUGACCAAAACUGUAUUUUCUUGGCUAUAUUUCCCCUAAAAAUUACAGGAAAUAAAAUUUAAAUCCUGCCUUACUAUUCAUGAAUAAGUAUACAUAUGCACACUUUUAUCCUUCCUGCUUGGAUUCCACAGGCAAAUGAGUCCACAAACUAGCUAGGAAUUCACCAGGGCUAGAAAGCCUAUCAUUAUAUCCAAACCAGGAUUCCUGGUUUGUUGCUCCUCCAGUAAGCCAAGGUUUGGACUGAGAUAAAUAAGAGGCCAGGAUCUGGGUCCAUAUGUAAUGCUAAGCUUUUCUGCCUUCCUCAUUAGUUUAGUUGUUUCUCUUUGCAAACUCAGCAUGAUCAGGCCACCACUUCUAACACAAUUGCUCAUGAACAAAAAAGCCAGUAUUUCAUAUAAAUGCAGCCAAUAGUAGGCCAGUAUAGUAGGCCAAAACUGGGUCAUUCGCAGUUUCCUUUUGUAAUUUGUAGAAGACCAAGUGUAAUUCUAGUGGCAGCUAGAAUUACCUUCCUGUGUACUAUUAAUGUCUCUAGACAUUAUCUUCUCUCUGUAGAAACCGUUUCUAUACUCAGGUUUUAUCUUAAUUCUGUAAACUCUUUUGUAAAUUUUCUUUUGAUUUUUAUUCUUUUGUUCAUUAUAAAAACUCUUUUAUAGUUGUAGA